GGAAGCGCGCCGCCGUGACGGACACCGGUUGAAGCGGCGGUGGGGCAGCAGGGGGGUGUCGGGGUUCUGUCUCCCGGUCCGUCCCGUCCCGUCCCGUCCGGGCCCGCGCGUCGUCCGCUGUCGCGUCGCACCAUGGGCACGAGCUGAGCCCCUCCGUGCCGGGUACCGGGGCGGCCGCGCCUUCCGGGGACGCGGGGGCAGGCGAGUGAGUGGGUCCUCGCCCUCCUUUCUGCCGCGGUUGGAUGGUGGGAGCUUUCGCUCACUGCCGGGACGGCUGUUUGUCUCGUUUCUGGCGGCAGCGGCCGUAGGGAAGGAGAAAGAUGAGUGGUGGGUUGGCACCAAGCAAAAGCACAGUGUAUGUGUCCAAUUUACCCUUUGCUUUGACAAACAACGAUCUGUACAGGAUAUUUUCAAAGUAUGGGAAAGUUGUCAAAGUUACUAUUAUGAAAGACAAAGAUACCAGGAAGAGCAAAGGAGUUGCCUUUAUUUUGUUUUUGGAUAAAGAGUCUGCACAGAACUGUUCUCGGGCACUUAAUAACAAACAGUUGUUUGGAAGAGUAAUAAAAGCAAGUAUUGCCAUUGAUAAUGGAAGAGCAGCAGAAUUCAUUCGCAGACGUAACUACUUUGAUAAGUCCAAGUGUUACGAAUGUGGGGAAGCAGGACACUUAAGUUAUGCUUGUCCUAAAAAUAUGCUAGGAGAGCGGGAGCCACCAAAAAAAAAAGAAAAGAAGAAGAGAAAGAAAAUAGUUGAGCCAGAAGAAAUUGAGGAGGAAGAAGAAAGUGAAGAGGAAGGAGAAGACCCUGCUCUGGACAGCCUCAGCCAAGCUAUAGCUUUUCAGCAAGCCAAAAUUGAAGAAGAGCAACAAAGGUGGACACAGACUGCAGGGGAAUCUUCAAUUUCAGAUGAUUCAAAACGUCCACGAAUUAAGAAAAGUGCUUAUUUCAGUGAUGAGGAAGAACUUAGUGACUGAAAUAAUACUAUUUUAUAUGCAUAUAUAAUAUAUAUAUAAUGUAGAUUUUGUAAAGUUCUCCAGUGUUAUAAGUAAUACAGGUUUGUCUCAGUGUUGAUUACUGAAAAUCAUGUUGUAUUUCUACCCUGCUCCUCAAACCUCCCGUUUUUAUACCUCUCUCUUUCUCCAAACUUCACCCUUCAAAGCAACUUCUUAAAAACAAUUCAUUUCUGCACUUAAAUCCAGAAAAAAUAUCUGAGAAGGUGCUUCUCAUGGUUAUUAUCUAGACCCAAGUAAAGUCUUUCAUAAGAUAAUUUUUUUAAGAUUUUUUUUUUUCCCUAAGAGGAAUUCCUCUUAGGAUCACUGUUAGCAUCACUGACCCUUUGUGUUGCUCUGUUCAUUGCCUGUUUGGAAGUAAUGCUUUAGUAGUACUCUAGUAGAAUAUGAGUCUUGCACUAGUUCCUCUGAAUAGGGUUGAAUUUCAGCCUUAAGUGUUGUCCUAGUCUUUUAACUCUUUGCCCAAUCAGAUAAUAAAUUGUAAGUCACAUA